AUAUGCCUUGUAGGCGACUUCCUUUUACGCCCGGGAGUAUCUCAUAGGCAUUUUAUCCUUAAGGACCUCUCCUUGUAAGCAAAGUGUACCCGUCUCAACUGAACAAAUUAUAUGUUUGUUGACAAGGGGGAGGUGCGCGAAAUUGAGAGAGAGAGAGAGAGAGAGAGAGAGAGAGAGAGAGAGAGAGAGAGAGAGAGAGAGAGAGAGAGAGAGAGAGAGAGAGAGAGAGAGAGACAGAGAGAGAGAGCGAGAGAGAGAGAGAGAGGGAGAAGAGAGACAAGCGCGAAAAAAAUGAGUCUACAAUUAUGGCGGAAGCAUGAGCAACAGCGGAAAAAGCUCAAUACCAUCAUGCCAAGAACAACUCUGCUGCUGCGGCACCAGAGGAUGUGGCUGCUGCUGAGGAGGGGGGACAAUGAGGAGGAGGUGGAGGAGGAGGAGGAGGAGGAGGGAGGAGGAGGAGGGAGGAGGGAGGAGGAGGAGGGAGGAGGGAGGAGAGGAGGAGGAGGAGGAGGAGGAGGAGGAGGAGGAGGAGGAGGAGGAGGAGGAGGAGAAAGAGGAGUAGCCUCCU